CAUCAUCAUCAUGUCCUUAUGGCGGCGCGUGGGUCUUCAUUCUAUGGCGUGGGCGCGUGUCCAUGAAAAUAUAAAACCUCUUUAAGACCGCUCCACGUGGCAUGGAGGAAGGAAACUGACAUGACAUGGCGUUCUGCCUGAAACGCAAAGAAACUUCGUUAUCAUCUAGUGUACAGCAACGUUUAUACGUUGGUGCAAACGCCAUGCGUCACAUAGACGACUUCGCAGAAACGGUCACUUCAGUUUGUUACCGAGCAUAUGAUGACCUUCCGAAAACCGGAAAGCCUUCCAGAGGUUGCGAGUGGACAUUGCUGUCUGCGGUAUUAUUGCAGGAUGUCAACCAAGGCACGUAGCGGUCUCUUCAAAGUGGCAGUUUGUGGAAAUGCUGCGGAUUUUCUUUGCUCUCGCUCUUUUAAAUUAGUGCAGAAGAAACAUGCUGGAUUUAAUAAUGUAACUGCACAUUUUAAAAUGUCAGUGGUGACAGUUGUGGUUAUUUCGUUAACGUUUUAGAAUCGGCGUCCGUAAGCAGGUUAACAUACCUAAACACCUAAUUCGUGCAUUUUCAUUUGAUUUAUUAAUACUGUCAGCCUCAUUCAGGGGCUGUAACAGGAGUGGAAAAAACAAAACGAAACUGAACAGCAAAAUAAGAAGUACAGAACAUAUUGAAAACCAUAGUUAUACAUUAGUUAAAGAAAAAAAAAAUCAUGUCGUGAAAUGCACACAUAAACAAAACAAAACUGCAUCACUCAGAAAUCAGAACAGCCAUCUUAUGUAGCAGCAAUCUGACCUCAUCGCCCUGUGCUAGUCCCAUAUAUGAAAUUAUCUAAGUGGCGUAGAAAUUCGGCUAAUGAUGUCAACCGAACAGCAGAAUCUGGAAGAGAGUACCAGUCUCUACAAGUUCGGGGAAAAUAACUAAACUUGAAACAAUUAUUUUUUAUAGUCGGUAAUGGGAUAAGCUUACUAUGACGAUGCCUUGAUGUUUCAUUAGUUUUGAUCUCAAAGUAAUCUGAUUUAAUUAUUUUAAGAUAAUUAUUGAUAGUGAGGUAAAUAGUUUUUAGUCUUUCAUAUCUGGUUUCUAGCAUAGGUAGUUGGGAUUGUUGGCAGAGAUCUCUUGAAGAAUGGUUCCGGCGGUAUUUAUUAAAGAUAAACCUUACAGCGAGUUGCUGAAUCCUAUCAAGCUUGUGACAAUUAGUUGCUGUGUGAGAGUCCCAUAUUACUUUAGCAUUUUCGAUUAUCGGUCUGACUAGGGUUUUGCAAGCGAGGCACUUUACAUCCGGAGUAGCACUGUGCAUAGUGCGUCGCAGAUACCAUGUUUUAAAAGCUUUGGAAAUGACAAUUUCAAUGUGGGUAUUCCAUCGUAGAUCUGAUGUAAAUGUUAUGCCUAGGUAUUUAUACUGAUCGACUCUUUCAAGCAUAUAACCGUUGAUUUGAUAAUUGUAAUGAAAAAAAUUUUUCUUUCUAGUUACUGACAUGAACACAGACUUUUUAAAGUUUAACUCCAUCUGCCAGUCAUUAGACGUGGGAGCGGCCCGCGACGUGCUAAUACGUGUUCUGCAGGACUGUAAAAUAAAGGUUACUCAAUCAAUCAAUCAAUCUGCCAGUCAUUACACCAUUUCACUAUUCUUUGCAGGUUUAAAUUUAAUUUAAUCUGAUCAUCAACUGUAUUUACGGUACUGUACAUCACACAGUCGUCAGCAAAAAGUCUUAAUGGAACAUCAAUGUUACUUUGUAAAUCAUUAAUAAAGAUCAAAAAUAGGAGUGGGCCUAAGACGCUACCUUGCGGUACACCAGAAGCAACGGGAAUAAUGUUGGACUGACCACCUCUAACAGUUACAUGCUGUUCACAAGAGGAUAUAUGGGCAGAAAACCAUUGUCUACAUUACAGAUUGUGUCAUUUGCAACUGGUACAAAAAGCAUACCUACAGGCCUUGCUUGCAGACUAGGCAACCAGGUGAUUGACAACCAUGCAGAAGUGUUAGCCCGAAGGUGCUUUCUCAGGUUUGCUUACUCUGAACUUCUGAAGUUGGCAUGUGGUGAAGAUUCAUCUGUUUUUGAAACCACAGGCUCCUCUGUAUUUGAAUGUCGGUUGAAACCAGGCCUGAGGAUCCACUUCUUCUCAAGUCAUACUCCAUGUGGUGAUGCCUCCAUCUUCCCCAAAAAUGGGGAUGUGUUAUCUGUAGCUGCACUUGAAGAUACGGAAAACGAUGCAACCGCUUCAAAACGACCCAGAUUGGACCCUGAGGACAUAUAUAGGACUGGUGCCAAGUGUGUGCCAGGUACAGCCCAGGACAAGAAGCUGCCUGGUGCAGACUACCACCAACUGGGUGUGGCCCGGACCAAGCCUGGCAGAGGCGCUACAUCGCUCUCCAUGUCAUGUAGUGAUAAAAUGGCCAAAUGGCACAGCUGUGGCCUUGAGGGGGCACUGCUGUCUCAUUUUCUUGCAGGCGAAGAACCACUGCGUUUGUCCUCGGUGAUUGUUGCAGGGUGUCCAUACAGUGAAGAUGCCAUGAAGCGAGCACUUCAUGAAAGGCUCUCAGUUUCAGACGAUGUCCCACCCAUUGAGUUUCACUACAGCACGAAAAUGUUUUGCCAUUCUCGCCUUAAAGCUGUUGAAAACAACACUGAUUCUGCUGUGCCAUGUGCUUCAAGUAUUAUGUGGUGGCUGGGAUCAGACAAGGCAGUUUAUGUUGGAGUCAAUGGCUACAAGCAAGGAAUUACUCGCAAGAACCUCUGCAAACCAGUGGCUAGGCUGCCAGUUUGUAGAAGAGAACUGUUUGGGCUGUUCCACAAGCUGAUGCAUGAAAUCUCACCAGACAGGCUGCCCAAGAUUCUCAGGUCAGUGAGCAUGCAUUGCAAUUGGUCUCCUGAGUUACUAAGCAAGGCAAUAUCAUCAGUGAAUCGCAAGUUACUAAGGGAAGACGACCUGCGAACUUACGCGCAGUUCAAGCAGGCUGCAAAAGUCUAUCAGAACAGGAAGGUAGACUUUCACGCCCGCCUGCCUGGAUGGACCGACAAAUCUCCAGACUUACAAAACUUCACAAUCGCAGAAAGUGUGUGACUCUCAGCGGCGUGCGACGACACUGAUCACGUGCGGUGCAGGAAACAUGCUAUUAAAAGAACUUUCUGCUA